ACAACCUUACCUCUAUCAAUGACUUGAUCACUACUCUUGGCACUCAGUUUGCUUUGAAAUCCAUGGGGGAGGUUAACCACUUUCUUGGUUUUGAAGCUCUCAAAAGUCAUGAUGGUUUUCUGUUAAAUCAAUCAAAAUAUGCUUUGGAUUUACUGGUUAAGACAAACAUGGUCAAUUGUAAGCCUGUGUCUACACCUCUCUCUCCAGCAUCCAAGUUGCAUCUUGCAGAUAGUGAACCCUUUUCCAAAGUUACAUUGUAUAGGAGUGUUGUUGGUGCCUUGCAAUAUUUAACUAUGACAAGGUCAGAUAUCUCAUUUGCUGUUAACAAGUUAAGUCAGUUCUUACAUGGUCCUACUGUUCAUCACUGGCUUGCUUGCAAACACCUACUCAGGUAUAUCAAAGGCACUCUCUCUCUUGGCCUCUCUUUUCAACCUGUGAAGAGGUUUACUCUUGAGGCUUACAUUGAUGCUGAUUGGGCUAGUUGUCUGGAUGAUAGAAGGUCUACUGGAGGCCACUUUAUUAUGCUUGGCCAGAAUCUUUUGUGUUGGAGCUCCAAAAAGCAGCAGGUUGUCUCUAGGAGUAGUGCAGAAUCAGAGUAUAGGUCUCUUGCUACUGCCUCUUCUGAUCUUCUUUGGAUGCAUUCCUUGGUUCAUGAACUAGGUCUGUUUUUUGAAUCUCCUUCUAUCUUAUGGUGUGAUAAUGUGAGUGCUGCAGCUCUUGCUUUUAAUCCAGUUCAGCAUGCUCGUACUAAACACAUAGAAAUUGAUAUUCACUUUGUAAGAGAAAAGUUGCUGCCAAAGAAAUUGAU